GCCCAUCCUUCUACUUUCCGGUGUUGUUGGAAAAUGGCCCCCAGGCCACAGUUUGGAAGGCCCAUUGCUUUUAAGACUUGAAGGGGGAGGUUGACUGGAGGUUUCUGCGGGAGACGAAGGGAGUCAGACAGGCGACAAGCAGUGCGGGGUAAAGGCUGGGAGUGAGAGGCUGAGCCAAUGAGAAGAAGACUUCCACUCCUUCUCUCCUGCCCGGCUUGGCUCACUUCGGCGCGCCCUGUAAUUAGGAGCUCCACUUGUGGCUUAGGCGCCGCCACCGUGGACCGCUUUAGGAAGGCCAGCUCCACACUCUCUUUCUCUUUUCUCCUCCAAACACUCGCCGGGACGUCGACAUCCUCAACAAUGAACGGGCAGCCGUCACCUGUGUUCGAGGACAAGAAGCCGAACCUCCGCGCGUCCCCGAGCCUGCCGGAGCCCUCCCCCGCAGACAUGGGCUUCUACGGCGGCCACGGGGCGCUCCACGGCUCGCAGGAUUUUUACGCGGCGCAGCAGCCCUACUCGGCCCAGCACAUGAGCCCGUACUCGUACAGCCACUACAACCUGAACGGGAUGGUCCCCGGCGGAGCCUUCUCUUGCGGUAAAAGUGAGUACUCCUACCCGCACUCGGUGUACAGAGAGCCGGGGUGCUUCAGCAGAGAGGCGCCGCCAACACUACCGGACACCGUGAAAGAAGAACCGGAAAUGGAGGUGCGGAUGGUCAACGGGAAGCCGAAGAAAGUGCGGAAGCCCCGGACUAUUUACUCCAGCUACCAGCUGGCCGUCCUGCAGAGGCGAUUCCAGUCCGCCCAGUACCUGGCCCUGCCGGAGAGGGCGGAGCUUGCGGCACAGUUGGGUCUGACACAGACACAGGUGAAAAUAUGGUUCCAGAACCGUCGCUCCAAGUUCAAGAAGCUCUACAAGAAUGGAGAGUUCCCACUGGGGGACAUCGCUUUGGAGCACAGCCCAGAGGCCAGUGACUCAAUGGCGUGCAACUCGCCUCCGUCCCCCGCCGCUUGGGAAAACAACACCAGCAGUAACCCCAACAACAACAACAACAACAACGACGACGACAACAACGACACGAACAGCAGCAGCAGCAUGAAGAACAACACAAUGCUGGACCCCACCAGCAGGGGGCAGGAAUCUUACCAGCCUCAGGGGGACGACUCCUCUUCAGUCUACAUGGAUGAGUACACGCACCAGAAUUGGUACCAGCAGCAAGACACGCAUUUAGGUCUGCCAGCAGCUGGCCCCGCCCACCACACGCCCCCAUCAGCACCGGCAUCCACGCAAAGCAUGGGCGCCGUUUACUGACUCCCUUACUUACAAACACUUGAAAUGGACCCUUCCAACUCCAACUUACUGCGCCUGAAGUCGUAAUAUAUCUUUCGCCAACGUACAUCGAUUCACACUGUGCCUUAAAUCACAAGCCAAACCUUUUGUAGGUAAGUACCUACUGCCCUCUAGUGGACGAACAUUUGAUUAUUCUCCCUGCUGCUGUGCAUCACUCGCAUAGUUUCAUGACUAAGACUCAUUUUCGGACCGUUUAAGGAAAACCGGCACAGUGGUUGGGAGUCCACUGCCUUAUAAACCAUCACACGUAUUCCUGCAGUGGCCUAUACUCUGCAUCAUAUGUAAAUAAUAUGACACAUAUCUUCCCUUCACAAUUUUUAGGAUGAAAAUGAGAUAUAUUGUUGGAUUUUACACUCGUUUGCUUUGUCGCCUACAAUGUAACAACAGUUAUUAACAUAGAUGAACCUACAUUAGGAUGGCUUUUAGCGUCUUUCAUGUACAAAAUGUAGCAAAAAUCUUGACAUUUUCCCUUAUUUUCCGCAGGUGUAAUUAAUGAUUGACUGUACGCUGCAAAAA